CUGGUCCCGCCCCGGCUCUCCGCCUUGCUCACUUCUAUCAGAGCAACCUUCGCCUAGACAAAUAACUUCACCAAAUCACAUCCACAACCCUUCAAAAUGCCCCCAAAACAAGCAAAGCCCGACUCGCGCGCGACGACCCUCCUCUUCAAGAAGCAUAAGAGCACCGUCCUCCUAUCCCUCCAACCACACGAACCCCUGACGGCCGUCAAAGAGAAGCUACUCGAAGCUUUCCGAUCGCGCAACCUAACUGAAAUAAAUGGAGAGCCUGUUCCCUCCGAUUCGGCUCUCAUCGAGUUUGGCGUGCCCGUGGACCGAAGCGAUCUUGAGAAAGGAUGGAGGCUCCUACAGCCCGAAGGAGGAGAUACAACGAAGACAACUGCCGGCAAGAGAGCUUCUUCCGGGACUUUGUUAGCUGCAGGUCUCGACAAUGGCCAUCUAGUUGCAUUCCGCUUCCGCAACCCGGAUGAGGUUCAAGGAAGUGACGAGAUCGAUGCAGACGGUGACUUGAACGAUCCUGGCUGGGAUGUGGUCAUUCCCAGCUUCGAAGACGAGGAGGAAUAGCUUGUUUCGGCAUCGAAAUUCACGAAUGAUGGAUUGCAUACGACUGAGAACGUUUGGGGAUCACGAGUGCGGCUCCCGGCGCAUGUGGAGAAGGGUGGCUUCUGGCUUCAUGUCUCUCUUACGGAACGGAGUUUACUGGCGGUUUUGGGUUGAACACGAACAACAAAAGCAAGAGAAUAUCAACCUCUACAGCAUGUCAUAAAUUGUACAACACUAUUGUAUCGUAAUCUUGUGCAAUUGCUGAAAUAUCUACCCGACAUCGACGGUGCCUAAUACCCCC